AGAAAUAAAAUCAAGUUCACAUCAAGCUUCAUAAACUAUACAAAUGAAAGAAGAGGCAACAUUCAUUCAUGGCAUGAUGUCUUAGUGUGUGUGUGUGUGUGUGUGUUUAACUUUAGGAAAAUAUUCCGAAAUAAUGUGCAUUAUUCAAGUGAAAUAUGAGUGGAUGUGUGUUUGAUGGUGAGCGCGCGUGCUUGUUCAGCGCGACUGCACUGUGAAGUGGGUGAGUGUAAAGCGCGCGAGCGACAGUAAACAGUGGGGUGGGGCGACUGUACACUCACACACACACACACCACUUGGCUGGUGUGUAACGGUACAUGCUACGCCCUAAACACCUCCAUGAAGCGAGCAGGACGCACAGAGAGGACUGACUGAUGCUGAAUGGUAUCUUUCAGCCCCGGAGCACUUUUGUUUUUUUUCUUUUCUGUAAAUGUGGGAAUAAUUAAUGGCAAUAAGUCGGAAUGAUGCUUUCUGCUGCGCGCGAGAGUACUUUUCAGGGACUCAUCAUGAGAAGGCAUGAAGGGAACUCUUGGCGAGAACCUCAUCCUGUUUCAGAUUAUAGCCUAAACAAAUCGUGAGAAGGGAAAAAAUUCAGUUAGUGAAGGGAGAGAUGGGAUUUUGCAACUUUUAAGGAACUUUGAAAGGAGCUCGCCGCGCGCGCGUGUGUGCGUGCGUGCAUGCGUGUGCGUGAGAGAGAGAGACAGAGACAGAGAGAGAGAGAGAGAGAGAGAGCGCGCGCGGUCGCUACAGGAGACAGGAGCGCGGGUGAAGUUCGGCGAUGCCUUCUCUGCAUCAUGGCGCCGUGUUCAUUGGCGUCUUCCUCAUCGUCACCGGCGGCUCGACCGCCUUCCUCACGUCUAGCCAGAGCAGACUGCAGGCGUUCAGCCUGUGCUGCGUGGUGCUAGGCGCAGUCAUGCUCAUCCUCGGCCUCUUUUGGGCCAUGAACGGCAAGAGCCGCCAGGGCUCCUACACUAAUGAAUACACGCACGACUACGGGCACGUGCUGUUCAGCCCGCCGCCCGGGAGCCACUUCCCGGAGUCCCAGUCCGUCUUCUUGCACAGAACUUUGGAACGGCAGAGACGAGGGCUGUACGGGGAUGAUUUUGACUACCCUCCCAUGGAGCCGACAUGUUUCAGCCCAGCUGCUCGAGGGCCACCAGCCCAAUGGGAGAUGGAACCUCCACCUCCAUAUGAAGUGGCCAUCAAAACUACAUGCAGCUCUACGAACAUGCGACGCAGUUACUCGGACACACUGUUGCCCACUGAGCCGCUCUUCAGUCGCUCUCGCGAGAUCAGCUUUGAAGUGUAAAGCUUGUGCUGUCAAUGAGCCAUUAGGUUGCAACCAUUCACUGCAGCCAUCAACUAGCACAGAGCAUGGCUCACCCAGGGAACCCACACUCAUGCACAAGUGUGCUUCAGAAACCCUUUGUAUUGAAGCUACAUUUUUUGUCUGCUCACAAUGAGGUCCAUUUUGAAUAUGGUCAAAAGAGAAAUUAUGUAACCUUAUGAAAUGGUAACGCCCCUAGGAGUGUUUAGUAUCGGUUGUAUCCUCCUGUGAGGUGUAUUCUUUUGUAAUUAUACUCAGAAGGUAUAGUUACCCCUGAUGGAUAAACGCCUAAUUUCUCUCAGUAUUUUCACAACUGCCAGUGUUUGAAAAUUGAGGCCAAUUUAUCAAAUUUAUAAUGUCCUUUCUCCAUGCAGCUACUGCAUUAUCUCUCCAUACAUGACACUGAUGUUAUACAAAUUACUGAUUAUAUACUACAAAAGUGUGUACUUGUACCUGUUUACAAAUUUCUCACAAGCAUGAAUUACAAUCACUUCUUGACUGGUUUGGUGCACAGAUGAGAUUUGGUGACAGUACUUGCUGCUUGUGAAUGUCACAAAUUGUAGCUCCUGGACCCAUGAAUAUGUACGUGAAGUCACUGGCACAAUCUGUACUCAUCAACACAAGCACCAGCUUAUGAGAAGGAAACAGAGAAAAGGCCUGGCUAUAUAUGCAAAGCUACUGUUUGCUCCUGUGCAUGAUGAUUUGACAGGGAAAAUCUGUGAGUGUCGUCUGCAGAAAGACAGACACAAAUGAUGAUGGAAACUGGAGUUGUAGGAAGUGACACCAGAUCAAAAAUAUUUCUCUGCCAAAAGCACAUCUACUGUGGCAAUAGUGACAUUUAACUGCUGAAACCUUUUAAUCAGCUUACUCCUGCUUGUUGCUUUGGACUGACUGCGAACAUGGUGGCAAGACCCAUAACGAUGAAUCGCUUCAUCAGGGCACUUACAGAGAAUUGACAGAAUAUGUCUUACAGGAAACACUUAAGUGCAACAGCAAACCAGAGCAUUAUUUGGUUCGUCACUGGUGACCUUUGUGUCCCGUGGAGGAAAUUGACAGUCUGAGAAGCAUUGAUUUGUGAUGUAAUGUAAGUGUAGAAUGCCUCACUGAUGUGAUCACAAAUGACCACAGUGCAUUAGCAGGUUUAAUAUUACCUUGGACUCCUCUUGUUUGUAACAUUAUAAAUCAUGGCAUUUUCAUUGAUUGCUUUCUCUGCCUCAACCAAAGUGACAUUAAAAUGAUGUGCCUCCAUCAAAUACAGAUCAGGGCCUUUAACUAUAGGUACUUUGCACUAUACAUAAUAGAAUAUGCACGAUGUACGUGGCUUACGUGCAUGUACCCAAAGAUUCUAUUACGUUUUUGGACAAAAAUGUAGUGUUUUCAUUUCUUUUUGAAAAUCAACAAAUAAAGUAAUACAAAAAUAAUUAAAUAUUGUCAUCUAAAAUAUACAUUAAAAUAUGUUUUUGAUUUAUUACACACACACAUGACUCCUGAUCAAGUCUACAAGACUUUAGUUUUGUACUAACAGACCAUUGGUUUUGAAAUUCAUUAUAAUUAUAGUCUACACUCACUGUCCACUUUAUUAGGAACAUCUGUACACCUGCACAUUCAUGCAGUUAUCUAAUCAGCCUAUCAUAUGGUGGCUACGCAGUUCAAAAAAUCAUGCAGAUACAGGUCAAGAGCUGCAGUUAAUGUUCACGUCAAACAUCAGAAUGAAAAAAAAGUGUGAUCUCUGUGACUUUGAUUGUGGCAUGGUUGUUGGUACCAGAAGGGCUGGUUUGAGUAUUUUAUAAACUGUUCAUCUCCUGGGAAUUUCACACACAACAGUCUCUAGAGUUUACACAGUAUGGUGCAAAAAACACUGAGUGAGCGACAGUUCUGUGGGUGGAAAUGCCUUGUUGAUAAGAGAGGCCAGAGGAAAAUGGCCAGAUUGGUUCAAGCUGCCAGGAAGGAUAUAGUAAU